UGACCUGCUGAAUCUGCCCAGUGUCCCGUAGGGAAGAGCUGGAGUAGGUACGUCCGUCGUUCCGUCUAUCAGAUUAGGCUCCCACUUUGAGUUUCGUGGACUGUUGAGUUAUCCGAAGGUGAAAGAAUGGCAUUUGUGAAGAGUGGUUGGUUGCUUCGACAAAGCACAAUUUUGAAGCGGUGGAAAAAAAACUGGUUUGAUCUGUGGUCAGAUGGCCACCUAAUCUAUUAUGAUGACCAGACCAGGCAGAAUGUAGAAGAUAAGAUUCACAUGCUGGUGGACUGCAUCAACAUUCGAAUGGGAAAUGAAUGCCGGGAUUUUCAUCCACCUGAAGGCAAGCCAAGAGACCGUAUACUGCAGAUUGUUUGCCGAGAUGGAAAAACUAUCAAUCUUUGUGCUGAAAGUGAAGAUGAUUGCUUGGCCUGGAAAUUUGCACUUCAGGAUGCCAGGACAAAUACUGCCUAUGUUGGCUCGGAAGUAAUGUAUGAUGAGACUGCUGUUGCUUCAUCUCCACCUCCUUAUACAGCUUAUGCCACUCCAUCUCCUGAGGUAUUUGGCUAUGGUCAGUAUAAUGGAAUGUAUCCUCCAGGAACUCAAGUUAUUUAUGCUGCUAAUGGGCAGGCUUAUGCAGUACCAUACCAGUAUCCAUAUCCAGGACCUUAUGGACAGCAGCCUGCCAACCAUGUCAUCAUCAGGGAGCGCUACCGGGACAAUGAUGGGGACCUGGCUCUGGGCAUGCUGGCUGGAGCAGCCACUGGCAUGGCCUUGGGAUCUUUGUUCUGGGUCUUCUAAGUUUCUUUAUAUCUUUGUAUUUGUAACCUCCAAAACCUGUAUGUAUUUUCUGUGUGUGAUAAUAUAUUUUGCAAAGUAUUCCUGUUUUAUUGUAAAGAUUUUUAAUGACAGUUACAAUAGUACUUUAAAAAUAGUGACAUCUUAAUUAUAAUUAGUAUAAAUUUCACAAGGCAGGAUAGUAAGUGUGCUCUUCAGUUGAAAUAUAAAGGGGAUAUUUGAUCAUUUCAAGUUCUUUUAUGGAACUUUGUUGUAUAAGAAGGACUUAUGAGCUCAUUCAUAUUGAAGAACAUUAUUGUUGCAGUGUUAAAUGCAGAACAUAAGAGACAUAGUUUUGUCAUCUGUAUUAGAAGUAUGCUGCUCAUAUAAUGACCCCUGAAUAGAUAAUUAUUUCUGGCAGGGAAAAACCCAAUUAAUCCAACUGCUAAUUCUCAAUUUAAGAAUUAACCAGUGAACAGCCUGGGUAUUGCUGUUUGGCAUGCCAGGCUGGUAAACUAUGCACGAUAAAGCAAUAUAGACUUUUUGCACUACAUACUCCAAAGAAUAGUCCCCAAAGCAGUGGUGACAUUUCAUAUACCUCUGUGGUUGGCUCUGUCAUUAUCAAGUGGUGCUCUACUGGUGGACUAUUUUCUGUAUUUUGAGUAGAUUUAUUGAAUCCUAGGGAUAGGAAUUGGUAAGAUUCUUGUAAAGAGCUCCCAGUCAGGACAAACUUGUAAACAGGACUAGAAACCUGCAAUUCUCUGACAUAGUUAAACCAUAGAGAUUUAUAAACUCAAUUCAGAAGCUGAGGUGAUAGGGUUUUUGAUUUUUUUGUUUCUUUGAAAGUUGGUACUAUCCAUGCAUUUAAAAGAUGACAGACGUGGCUUUUACCUUCUAAACUUCUAUUUAGCAUAAGAAAAUAUGUUCAAAGUUAUUGAGUUCAUUUUCUAUUGUAUAUCUGAGUCAUCCCGUCUCUUCUUACCAUGUUUUGAAAAAAUGAAUAUAUUGACAGCUUAUAGAUAGUGCUUUUGGUUUUAUUUGAUUGCCCUGCUACAGAAUAUUCUUUUAAGGCGGAACAGACUGAACAGUAAAAGUAAGGCAAAAGAAUUAAGAUUAAACUCAGGAUUAUUAGAGUGAUUAUUAAGUUCUUGAUCAUUUUGUAGAAUUUAGGUAAGGUGGAAGGAGGCUAAUGAGAAGAAGAACUUAAGACAGGAGAAAAUGAUUAUAGAAAUUAGGAAAGAGUGCUUCUGAGCACAUGUAUCCUGUUGUAGAUCUAUAGAUCAGUAAAUAGAUAGCUGAUUUAGUCUUAUUUCAUAUGAUAUUCCACUAAAAAUUUUGUUUUUGCCAACAAUCUUUUAACAUACUUUGAAAAUAUGUGUAUGCUUUAAUCCCAUUUUAAUUUUUGUAAUAAAACUCCUCAUCUUCAUGAAUUAGAUAAUCCUUUUUCAUGGACCAUUGAUAAAAUCUGCUUUCCUUUACUUGAAAAACCAAAGUGUUUUAUUGUCCAAAUCUAUACUUAGUUGAAGCUGAGAAAGCAGUAGGAGGGAAACAAACACCCAAGGAAAUAAGUUGUAUAUUGUUAGUGAACAGUCAUUCCAGAAUUUGUAAUAGUAAGAUUGCCUCAUAUGUAGAUUGUAUGUGUUUUUCAGUUUCUUGAGUUAUUUGUAGGUAGGCAUUUUUGAUGCUUCCUAAACUUUUUUUUAUUGUAAUUUACUUAAAAAUCACUAGCUAAUAAAGUUAUAUUUAAGGAGUCAGGGAAAUAGGAUGAGAGCCAUGGUUGCAAUAUUAAAAUAAUUCAAGAUUGUCUUAGGUAUUUUUAAAAGGUUGUACUUUGCAAAUAAUGCUAUUAUCCAUCUUUCUGAAAGAUAUAAAAAGUUGAUGAUUGCACUGUUAUGACUAAGUAUAGUUAAAGAAAUUUAGAUAGCUUUAACUAUAUUUGACCAAGUAGAUUGGCACAUUUGUUCUCAUUAAUUUUCUCUCAUUAAAGAAAUAUUUAUGGAAUGCCGGCCACUUGCAAGACAAAUGAUGUGUGAUUUUUUUAAAUCUAUAUUUUAGUUUGAAAUUUUCCCGUCAUGGUAUAGUGAUGAUAAUUCCCUUUAAGUCUGUUUUUUUGUGAUACAAAUUCUGUUUUGUAUUUUGGAUGACUUGUAUAUCAUUUUUCUCAACCAAUUAACUAGUUCUAUGUCUGAUGAAACAAAAAUCCAUGUCAAAUUGAAGGCCAAACCAGCUUUAUAAUGAAUCUUUGGAUUCUUGGCAAUUUCUGUAGGCCCCCCCCCCCCCUUUUUUUUUUUGAACUGGAGAUGUCUGUGUCAGCAGACAGUAUAUGUACAUGAGUGCCAUCUCACUUGACAUUUGACAGUUGGGGGAAAAAAAUCACAUAAGGUCUGACUACAAUCAAUUUAUUCUUUGAAAUCAUUGCUGUUAAGACUUUGAAUUUUAUGUAACAAUAUUAAAUUAAUGAUUUAGACAAGGUAGUUUAUGUGAAUCUUCUAAAGUACUGUGAAUUGAAGGGAUAUAUUUACAAUAAAACUGCUUUGAAUAUUGCACUGGGUUGUUAAUAUGAUUCAAGGAAAGCACCGUGUCACUAGCUCAUUGUCUGCAUUAUAGGGCUAAAAUACCUAUAAAUACACACUCUAAUCUCUUGGCAGUUCUCAUUGUCUAGGGACCAAAGGGAGUGCAAUGUUUCCCUGACUCCGUUUGGGCUUGGAUUGGGAUCUCCAUCAUCUGGUGUGGAGUCAUUAUUAUGUUUUAGUCGGUAGGACCUUAGGCUUUAGAAGAGCCAGGUCUUUGGAUGAGCUUCUCCAAAACUGUGCCUUUCAUUAAGUUCCUCAGAAACGUCACAAUUACUUGCAUUUAUGGUCACCAAAUUUUAGAGGAUGGUACAAGAAAGUAGCCUACCACAAUCUUUUUACAUAUUGGAAUAUCCAGAAAGGUAAAGAAAAUGAUUUGUCUGAGAUAAUAAUUAGCUGAUGGCUGAAUAGCAGUAAGAACUCAAAUUUCCUAAUUCCCAAGGCAGUGCAUUUUUCUAUAAGCUAGCUACGGCUAGGUAAAGUGGUUAGUGAUUUUACCUUAAGAUGAAACAAAUAUAGUACAUUGGACAGUUUCUAAAAUCUUGUCCUUAUAAUACCAAAAUUCUAGUCAUUGUUUUUGACUGAUUCCCUUUCUAUGUGGUGUUUUGCAUAAAUAAUCCUAACUAAAGAAAUUACCAAACUAAGGGGCUUUUUUGGUUUGUAUAUCUGGCAAGGUUUAUUGUCUUUUAUCUUCGAUUUGCAUUUUUUCUUUUUUUAGGAAUUUAGUCCUACCUAGGUAAAAAAACAAAAAACAAAAACAAAAACAAAAAAAAACCAACUACCACCCAUGUUUUAUAUGUGUUCUUUCUGAUGGCUCUAAUCAAAAGAUUCCUUGGGUGGUGUCAAGAUUAUGGGUCAGGUAUGAUAGACUUGAAUUGAGUAAGAUAAAGGAAAAGUAUUUUUGGUCUCCAUGCAGCUUUUCCCUCAGAACUCAGGGGAAAUGGACUAGAAGUAAAAACAUGGCUUUCCCAAACUUUUUCUUAGAGAGACCACAAUGUAAGUAUAAGGCAUCUGUUUAAUUAAUAAAGAAUACUAUGUUUUGAGAUGUGCUGCAAAUGAUGCAAAUUUCCUAUCUUUAUUAUUUGGGACAAUCUCUUCACAGCUGUUGCAGACACUGUUUAGAAAGCAUUGAAAUCUCUUUGCCUGAGAUUUUUUUCUCUGUGAUUGCCAUCUUUCCUCUACCAUCUUAUUUCUAACUGUUAUGCCUGUGAAACCUGUUGUUCUAUGCGGAAUGUGUUUAUGUAGAUAGUGAAAAAUGUUAAUAAAAUGAGUGUUGAACUGCA